AUGUUACCAAUCUACUCUAAAAUACUCUUACUCUUCGUUUGCAUCUCUUGGAUUGAAGCGAUUCCAAAUUACAAAUGUGAUACCAAUGAAUAUUACAAUUAUAAAGAUGGUGGUGAUGCGACAUGUCAAGAUCCCGAUGGCUCGAGUUUUGACGUAAGUAAAAAUACUAAUGGAUGUCAUUGUCUUCCUGGUUUCGUAAGAAACGAACACUACGAGUGUGUAAAACUCGAAGAAUGUCCAGAAGUAACUAACGAGCCUUCAAGUAACCCCGAGGAUUCUUACAAUAUCGAUCCGAAUAAUCCAGAAACAAUAAAACUGCUGAGAGAAAUUUUUGGAACGCCUGAAGAUUGGUACGCUAAAAAGAACCAGGAUAAAGUUGACGACGAGUACCCCACACUAAGGAAAAACAUCCAGAAGGUCCUUAUCGAGCCCAAGAACUCUGGGUAUGUGAAUCAACACACCGAUUUUGACCUCGAUGACCCUGAAACUCAAAAAAUUAUCCAGCAAAUCUUCGGGCCGAAUAAUUAUAAUCUUCAUGAAAAUAAUCAAGAUGAAGUUGAUGUUAAUAGUCCGGAGUUCAAGAAAAAUGUAGAAAAAAUUUUUGACUCACCUCCUAAGGACUAUGGGAUCGAAGCAAUACCAACCGGAGAUGUCGAUGAAGACUACUUAAACUUAAACCUCAAAAACACAGUAGCUCCAAUCGUUUGCCCUGGAAAUGCAUCUUUUAGCGAAAUAAUACCAGUUUGUGAAGCUUAUUGCGACGAUCCACGUCCUACUUUGUGUUACAGAUACGAGUCAGACGGCUGCUUGUGCAUUGAGGGCUACAUCAGAAACGCAACUAGCGAUUGCAUAAGAAUCGAAGACUGUCCUAAUAUCAAGCUAGAGUAUACACAAGAAUUGGAUGAUAACUCCUACGAUGAGAAAGAUUGGCCGGAACCCGAACCACCGAAGAUUGAGGAUAUAACCGGCGGACUUAGUGACGAGGAAUGGAAAAAGAGACUCGAAGAAAUUUUUGGAACUCCCGAUGAAACUCCAGUAGAAACCGUUGAAUAA